UUCUGUCAAUAGCAAAGAGAACAACUCGAAAUCCAGAGUUACCGUUUCCGUGUUGAGUGAUUUUAACGAAUUAAAAUUUAUUAUUAAAAUAAUUUUUAUUCGGAUACGUUAAAGAUGAAGAUGUCAGCUGGAUAUGCGCUGCCCUUUGCUGCUAUUCUAGUGGCUUCAAUCUGUUUGGAAUGGGCAGAUGCACAACAGCGUGGUAGCUUCAACUUUGCCAAGAAGACUGGAGGAGAGAGGGAAGGUGAUCUGACACCAUCUGCCAUCGCUGGAGUAAGCAUUGCCUGUGUGGCUGGAGUUGCAGGCUUGUUUGUCACCGUAUUCUUCUGCUACUAUGUAUACAGACAGCAGAAACAACAUGAUAGCAGUUUUAACAACUCUUUUGAUCCUUCUCGGAAAAUUUAGAUAAAAUGUCACUAUUCACUUUGCAUACUCCUAAACACAUGUUUUGUCAUCGAGUUUCUGUUUGAAGUUACAUUGGAAUCAUAUAAAUCAUGCCUUUAUUUUAUUUUAUUAUAUGCAUGUUACGAAGAAAUUCCUCGUUGAAUUUCAUAGAACUUUUAUCGUCAGUGAACAUAGAGUUUUUAUCGCCUUGAAGAAAAAUUUUAGAUAUACAUAUUAUGACUGAUUUAUAAUGUUUUUCAAUUCAUAAUUUUUUGAGUACAUAAUCAUUUAGAAUUUAUGAUACAAUUUACUUAGUUACGUAAAUGAAGACUCCACAUUGAAUUAAAUUUUAUUUACAAUUAUGAUUGUUGUGCAGACAAAUAUUCAUUAUAAUCUUUAUGUAAUUAUUAAUUAUUAUUCAGUUAAUGUGACGAUAAGUGUAUUAGAUGAUAUACUAUGAUAAAAUUAUAAUGUUUUUCAAUUCAUUAUUUUUUGAGUACAUAGUUCUAUAGAAUUUAUGAUACGAUUUGCUUAGAUACAUGUAAAUGAAGACUCCACUUUGAAUUAAAUCUUGUUUACAAAUAUGAUUGUAAUACAGACAAAUAUUCAUUGAAAAUAGAGGGUUGAAAUUCUCUUCAAUGUUAAUUCAAUUUGUGAGACUUCAUAAUCUUUAUGUAGUUAUUAAUUAUUAUUCAGUUAGCGUGAUGAUAAGUGUAUUUGAUUUAAUAAAUAUUUGAAUUACUUUUUAAA